GCGCGCAGGGCGGGCCGGCGAGGGAAGGGUGGAAGGAAGGAAGGAAGCGGGCGGGCGCCUCCUCCUCCUCCUCCUCCUCCUCGCCUGCCGCGCCCAGCUCAGCCGAGGCUCCGCUUUCCCCAUGGCCGCGGGCGGGAGCUGAGCGGCCAACCCCGACGACCAUUUUCUUUUCUAAACAGACUUCGCCCCCCCUCCUCCUCCUCCUCAAAUUUAUUUCUCUUUUAGAAAAAAAACGCGCCCGCCCGAGCGUCUCCUGAGAGACCCUCCACGCCGCAGCCACAGACGCCGCCGCCGCCGCCGCCCUCGUUUUUCGGGGGACCUCUCCUCCCCUCCCCCCCCCUUCGAGAGGCGACGGAGCGGCUUCCGGGGACGACGACGAGGGCCGCCAGCCGCCCGUGCCCCCCACCCCCGCCGCCUUCCAGCCUCGCCUGCCCCGCGGCCCAGCGAGAAGAGGAGGAGCAGCGGCGGCGGCGCUUCGGCGGGUCGCCCGGGGUGGGGGCAGCAAAGCCCGGCCUGCCUGGGUGGGGGCCGCGGUGAAGGAGCAGCGGCCGGCGAGGAAGCAGUUACAUGGUUGACUGUAGAAGUUGGCUUUCCACUGUACUGAGAGAAAAUAUUCUUGAGCAACUGAGGGGUGUCGGAGAAGUACACCUUUAGCACGGAAAGAUGAGCGAACUCGACCAGCUACGCCAGGAGGCGGAGCAACUGAAAAACCAAAUCAGAGAUGCCAGGAAAGCUUGCGCUGACGCUACGCUGGCCCAGAUCACAGCCAACAUUGAUCCAGUGGGUCGUAUUCAGAUGCGCACUAGGAGAACACUGCGGGGACACUUGGCUAAAAUUUAUGCAAUGCACUGGGGGACUGAUUCCAGGCUUCUCGUUAGCGCAUCACAGGACGGCAAGCUUAUCAUUUGGGACAGCUACACCACAAACAAGGUCCAUGCCAUCCCUCUGCGUUCAUCCUGGGUCAUGACCUGUGCGUACGCUCCAUCUGGAAACUACGUGGCCUGUGGUGGUCUCGAUAACAUCUGCUCCAUCUACAACCUGAAAACACGCGAGGGCAACGUACGUGUCAGCCGUGAACUGGCUGGCCAUACAGGCUAUUUGUCAUGUUGCCGUUUCGUGGAUGACAACCAGAUCGUUACCAGCUCCGGAGAUACCACUUGCGCCCUGUGGGACAUAGAAACUGGCCAACAAACCACCACGUUUACUGGUCACACUGGAGAUGUUAUGAGCCUGUCCCUCGCUCCUGAUUCCAAGUGUUUCGUUUCUGGUGCCUGCGAUGCCUCCGCAAAGCUGUGGGAUGUCCGAGAAGGGAUGUGCCGGCAAACCUUCACCGGCCAUGAGUCCGACAUCAACGCCAUAUGUUUCUUCCCCAACGGAAAUGCGUUUGCCACCGGCUCAGAUGAUGCUACCUGCCGGCUCUUCGAUCUCCGUGCCGACCAGGAGCUAAUGGUUUAUUCCCAUGACAACAUCAUCUGUGGCAUCACCUCUGUAGCGUUCUCCAAGAGUGGGCGGCUCCUCCUAGCUGGCUACGAUGACUUCAACUGCAAUGUGUGGGACACGCUCAAAGCUGACAGAGCAGGUGUCCUAGCUGGCCACGACAAUCGUGUCAGUUGCUUAGGCGUGACUGACGACGGCAUGGCCGUGGCCACAGGAUCGUGGGACAGCUUCCUCAAGAUCUGGAACUAAAGUCUGUAGAAUAGCAGCAGACUCCACGCUGACUGGAAGACAUUUCCAACACAGUUGAAAAUUUAAAAUAACGUAUCCAAUCCAACCGUACUAACUUGGACCCCUCCCCAUCCCCGCCCCCCCCGUGCUACCUAGCCACCAAAGGGCAAGAUCUUUCCCACCUCCUGUUGCCGAAACGAAGAGCACAAUUAUCUCCUAAAAGAAGAAUCUCUGUGGUUACAUACAAAUAGUGAAAGAAGUUAAAAAUAAAAAAAUAUAUAUUGUGCAUUCUUUUAGGGACCACUUCUCGCCUAGAAAACUAAAGAAAACACACUUCUGUAAGCAUGUCCAGAAAAAAAGGAAAAAAUGUGAAACAGACAACUUCUAACUUUCACUGUAGUUUAAAGAUUACAAAACCAUUGACUUGUUUUUGUUUUUUUAAGUUGGGGGUGGGGGUGCCUUUGUUUUACUCUCACUUUCAGAUUUUGAAGUCGUGUUUGUAGCAGGAUCGAUAUCUACUCUUUGUCCAUAUUUCCUUUGAUUAUUAUUUUUUAAACGCAAUUGCUUUUACAGUCAAUACAAGGGAGUCCAAGCCCAGUGCUUCUGGGAUUGUUAAUGCUGUAAAUUUAGUCCCUAAAUUCAUUUUUUUAAAAACAAAUUCUGUCUUUAGUGUCACAAAUUGUUGCACAAUUACUGCAUAUAUAGGACAAAGUUAAGUAAGGUAACCAAGCACACGCUGUACAUGGUCUUGAAUGUUUAAAAGAAAAUUUUCACCUUUUUAUGGGUAACAAAAUGCAAACUCUAGAUUUUUCCACCCCACCCUGCCUCACUCAUU